UGUAAUUCACAUAUAUCGCGGAAUGGAAUCUCAUUUUGUUUUAGCUGGUUUAAUUAAUGUUCUUUUGCUUCAUAGAUGUAUAAUAUUAAAAAAAAACAAUUGACGACUGUAAUCUGACAGUUAUUAAAAUGUUUUUUUUACGCAAUAAAUGGUAAAUAAUGGCUUAAAAAUGGCACAAACUCUACAAGAAUAUAAUGCUGAACACGAACCUGCACGCAUAAUAUCUAGCCAAACUGUCUGUGUUUGUUGUCUAGUGCAAAAUGUGCCAUUAAUCCAUUUAUUUACUUGUAAACAUGCAAGUUUCCUACAGUUACAAAGCGAAAUAAAGAUUGAUUUUCAAAACUCAGUGGUCUGCUACCUAUGCCAUGGCAUGUUAAAAAAAAUAGAAUUAUUCACGCGACAAGUACAAGAAAGCUGUGUUAUUAUAAAUGAGAAGACAUCCCAUCACAAAAAUUUACAAUUCUUUCAAUACACCCAACCCUCGGUGUUCUCUGUGGACUCCAACACCAGUUUCCUGCAGGAGUCUAAAGAGUACCAGGAGAUAGGCCUAGAAAGAGAAUUGGAUGAUUUGAGGCAGAGAAAUGUGUUGCCGUUUAAUAGAUCCGAAGGACUUGAAGUAAAUAAUACAAACUUAAUCAUAGACAAUGAAGGAAAAGUAAUAUCUUACACAGAAAGUGCGAGAACCUUCCGUGAAGAUAACUCAAUAAUUAAUGCAAACAAGUGCAUCAAAUGUCAAAUUCUGUAUGAUGAAAUAACAUUAAGCGAUUUAGAGAAAAAUAAUCAGCUUCCUAACAAUUAUGUAUGUCCAAGUUGUAACUUGGAAUACAAUAACCAAUUAUCAGAUAAUGAAAAUGGGAAACUUACUUAUAGUGAUAUCAAAUUGGAAAGAAAUACAACGGAAUUACACGUAAUGUGUCAAACAGAUAGCUGUCACGUUCGUUAUGAUAACGAAAAUAAAUAUAACGAUAACGAAUAUGAUGAUUAUGGGAACAGUUGCGAAUAUUUUGAAAAUGGAACUGAAUCUGACAACGUGAAUAAUGAAGUAUAUAACCAAAAUGAUAACACGAUUGGCGAGGAAAAGAAAAAAAAGAGAAAAAAGGAACGGACAGGAUUCAAAAAGAUAAUACUCUCUUUAGAGGAACAGAAGGCGGAGUUAGAAGCUAAAAGGAAGGAGAAGAAGUACUUGGAUGCUGAGUUCAAGUGCUACAACUGUGCUUUGGGGUUUUUGUUCAAAGAUACAUAUCAGGCUCAUAUGAUGAGGCAUGAAGAAUCUAACGGCGAGUAUAAAUGCGCGACGUGCACGCUCCGGUUCGCGUCGCCGGCGGUGCUGCGUGCGCACGCGCAGCUGCACGCCACGCGCGCGCUGUGCCGGCGCUGCGGCGCGCGCCCCUCGCCGCGCCACACGCGCCACCACGCCGCCAAGUGUCGCGGGAGUGCUGCGCCGUGCCAUCUGUGUGCGAGGGUGUUUAGAGACGCUGCCGGCCUACAGCAGCAUUUGAAAAGGUUCCACCAAUCGAAGACCAGCUUGCGUAGUUAUUCCUGCAGCGUUUGUGGCAAGAACUACAGUAAUCAAGCCGCUGUGAGGACUCAUAUGAUUAAACACCUCAACAGAAAGUUCACAUGUGAUCUAUGUUCCUCCACCUUCAGCAGUCCGUAUACGCUAAACCAGCAUAAAAAGAAACACGACGCGCAAGCCGAGCAGCACUACUGCGAGGUCUGCAAGAUCGGUUACUCGACUAGGAAGAGUUUAUUGGCGCAUAGAAGGAACGCUUUGGUACAUCAGCAAACUGUCUUCGAAUGUCCAGUAUGCGCAAGAGUGUGCCCUAACCAACGAGCCUUAACAUCCCACAUGACGACCGUCCACUCCACCACGAAGGACCACGCGUGCGACACGUGUGGCGCGCGGUACACGAGCCGCAAGUCGCUCGUGAGGCACGUCGCGAGUCACAACAAACAGCCGACGAGCGAGACUCACGCGUGCCAUCGAUGUCCUAGGACGUUUAAGAGUCGAAGCAAGCUGAAUCGACAUUUGAAGCAAGUUUGCGAGAAAGAUAAAUUAGAAGAAGAACUAUCUUGUUAUUAUGAAGGCAUUUAUAAUGUAAAGGAAUAAAGAUGCGUAAAUAAGUGUU